ACGGUCAUCAUGCAUUGGUGUGUUUGCAAUCCAAAGUUUAGUUAGCCUUAGUAUUACGACAGCUCGAGUCGCAGACAGACAGGCAAACGCCCGUGGUCGAGACAUAAAGCUCCCGCAGACUUACGCUAGCUGAGCGCGCAGUGAACUAUAGUUCAGGCCUUACUGAUCCCAGUGGUGUGUUUAUUGGAAGAUAUGGCCGUUGCCGCUGCCCAGAAAAACCGCGAAAUGUUUGCCAUCAAGAAAUCCUACAGCAUCGAGAACGGCUACCCAUCCCGUCGUCGUUCCCUUGUAGAUGAUGCUCGUUUUGAAACGCUGGUUGUGAAGCAGAACAAACAAAGCGUACUAGAAGAGGCUCGCGCUCGUGCCAAUGACUCUGGCUUGGACUCUGAAUAUCUCCAAGACGGAGUUCAUAUUGGUAACGACGACAACUCACCAACUGUCGAAGAUGGAACCUAUCAAGAUGAAACUAAAAAUGGGCAACUUGCCGACGCCGACAUAGGCGAUGCUGCGAAAUUUGAUGAAGAUUACACCCUAACUGAAGAGGAGGUAAUUUUACAAAAUGCCGCUAGUGAAUCCCAUGAAGCCGAGCAGGCUAUUCAACAAGCUGCCUUUUUGUUGCGCAUGCGCGAUGGAAUGGGUUCUCUCGCUCGAAUCCUGAAAACCAUCGACAACUACAAGGGUUGUGUCCAACAUUUAGAAACCCGACCUUCUCAAAUGACCGGGGUCCAAUUCGAUGCUCUCGUUAAAGUUAGCAUGUCACGAAUCAACUUGCUUCAACUGAUUAGAUCUCUUCGUCAGUCGACAGCUUUCGCUGGUGUCAACCUUGUCUCUGAAAAUAAUAUCUCGAGCAAGACACCCUGGUUCCCUUGCCACGCCUCUGAUCUCGAUAACUGCAACCACCUUAUGACUAAAUACGAGCCUGAAUUAGACAUGAACCAUCCUGGUUUUGCUGAUAAGGUGUACAGAGAGCGAAGGAAGGAAAUUGCCGAAAUUGCCUUCGCUUACAAAUAUGGAGACCCAAUCCCCCACAUCACCUACACAGAAACUGAGAACGCCACAUGGCAUAGAGUAUUCAAGACCGUUCUAGAUCUCAUGGACAAGCACGCUUGCUCUGAGUAUAUUGCCGCAUUUGGCAAGCUCGUGGCUGCUAAGAUCUUUGUUCCUCACCAAAUUCCUCAAUUGGAAGAUGUGAGCAACUUCCUCCGCAAACACACCGGUUUCACAGUACGACCAGCUGCUGGUCUUUUGACCUCCCGAGACUUCCUGGCCUCACUCGCUUUCCGUGUCUUCCAGUCUACGCAAUACGUCCGGCAUGCCACUCGUCCAUUCCACACUCCUGAACCUGACUGUAUACAUGAGCUUCUGGGCCAUAUCCCACUGUUGGCCGAUCCCAGCUUCGCUCAAUUCUCACAAGAAAUUGGGUUGGCAUCACUCGGAGCUUCCGACACUGAAAUCGAAAAGCUCUCUACUGUAUACUGGUUCACCGUUGAAUUCGGAUUGUGCAAAGAAAAUCAAGAGCUGAAAGCAUACGGCGCUGCGCUGCUGUCUUCCACUAGUGAACUGUUGCACGCCAUCAGUGACAAGCCAGAGCUAAGGCCAUUCGAGCCUGCUUCCACUGCUGUGCAACCCUAUCAAGACCAAGACGUUCAACCCAUCUACUACGUAGCUGAGAGCCUCGAGGAUGCCAAAGAGAAGUUUAGACGUUGGGUGUCGACCAUGUCCCGACCCUUCGAGGUGCGUUUCAACCCUCACACUGAGCGUGUCGAGGUGUUGGACUCCGUCGACAAGCUGGAGACGCUGAUCGGUCAACUCAACACCGAAAUGUUGCAUCUCACCAACGCCGUCAAGAAGCUUAAGGGCUCUCACUUCGAGUGAUUACCCUGUUAUUAAUCCACACCGGUUCAGUGCACGCGGCCUUGCCGUUUUCUGUAUAGCUAGUUAUAUUAUAGAUAUAAAGAGUGUUAUUGACAUGUGUAGAGCGAGUGAGUGUGAAAACCAUUGGAUGGUACUUCGUUGAAUACUUUUUGUACCUUAUUGUAUUAUUUAUUGCCGAGUUCAUUGCCCAUGCCUCGGAAACUACACGGAGCUCUCGAUUGCCCAUUAAGGGAGGCUGUGCAGGUUUUGCGAGACCUUUACUACUAGUAUUAUUUAUAAUUUAAAACGACACAAAAUAAAAAAAUGGAGCACCAAAAAGUAAAAAUGCCAAA